UAAACAGUGACGCCACGAUCAACAGGAAGUUUCAACCAGCUUUGUUUACCAACUUCUCGCUCGUUGAGAAUACUUUUCAGCUGUGUCAAGUUGUUUGCGUUUGACGUCGUGGCGUAUAGAAAUAGAGUUACAUUAUUUUCUUAUGCUCGAUUCGUCUGUGAGAUGUCGUUGAAUGCAGUAAGUUAGAUGCGUAUGGAGAGCGUAAAGCAUGAGGAGGUCACUGUAUGUGUACAGUGAAUCAGCUGAUUAUUUCACGUGCUAACCACACUCAUGAUUUAUCUAGAUCGGUGUAAUCAUGCGCAUCAUAUGCAUCUAAAUACAACCAUAGCGGUAAAACUGCUAAGAACUUGGCUUUUACCCAGCGAGUAAACUCGACUUGCUUCUUUAUUAAAGCUCAUGUAAGUGUAAACAGAAGUGAAGAUGCCGUGCACGUGUGGAAACUGGAGGAGGUGGAUUCGGCCUCUGGUGGUGGUACUGUACAUCCUGCUGCUCCUGGUUGUCCUUCCACUCUGUAUCUGGGAAGUGCAAAAAUCACAGGCUGGUGCUCACAAUAAGGCGUGGUUCAUUGCUGGUGUAUUUGUGUUUAUGACUAUACCCAUCUCACUGUGGGGUAUACUACAGCAUCUAGUACAUUAUACCCAACCUGAGCUGCAAAAACCUAUUAUCAGAAUAUUAUGGAUGGUUCCUAUAUACAGUCUGGAUAGUUGGAUUGCGCUUAAGUAUCCCGGUAUUGCCAUCUACGUAGACACAUGCCGAGAGUGCUAUGAGGCCUACGUCAUCUACAACUUUAUGAUCUUCCUACUCAACUACCUGGGAAACCAGUAUCCCAGUCUGGUGCGGAUGCUGGAGGUGCAGGAGCAGCAAAAACAUCUCCCCCCUUUGUGUUGCUGCCCACCAUGGCCCAUGGGAGAAGUACUGUUGCUGAGAUGUAAACUGGGAGUUUUGCAGUACACGGUUGUGAGACCUGUCACCACAGUCAUUGCAUUGAUUUGUCAGCUUUGCGGGGUCUAUGAUGAAGGUAACUUCAGUUCUAAAAACGCCUGGACGUACCUGGUUAUCUUCAAUAAUCUCUCUCAGCUUUUUGCGAUGUACUGUCUUGUACUCUUCUACAAGGCUCUCAGAGAAGAGCUGAGUCCCAUCAAACCAGUGGGCAAAUUCCUCUGUGUCAAGCUGGUGGUCUUCGUUUCAUUCUGGCAAGCUGUGGUUAUUGCCCUCUUAGUGAAGGUAGGCGUAAUCUCAGACAAACACACCUGGGACUGGGAUAGUGUGGAAGCCGUAGCCACUGGAUUACAGGACUUCAUUAUCUGUGUGGAGAUGUUUUUGGCAGCCAUUGCCCACCACUAUAGUUUUACCUACAAGCCCUACAUACAGGAGGCAGAGGAAGGUUCCUGCUUUGAUUCCUUCAUGGCCAUGUGGGAUAUCUCAGAUAUACGGGCUGACAUCUCAGAACAAGUGCGCAAUGUUGGGAGAACUGUUAUGGGUCAGCCAAGGAAAGCAUAUUUUGGGGAAGAAGCUUACCAGGAUGAGAACACUGGACUGCUGUCAGCCGGUUCUCAUGACCCUGUGGUUGAAGCCUCCUCCACUCCUCCAUCACCUAAAGGCCGUUACCAAGGCAUGGGACACACUGUAACCCCCCACUCCGUUUCCGCUCCUGCUAACCUCGGAUCCGCACCAUGGGAGGGAGAUGUGGAUGACAUCACUCCUACCAUGCUAUCCAGCGAUCAUAUAGACCAACAUGGCUCAGACUAUGCUCCAAUCACUUAGCAUACCACAGGCUACAGCAACCAAAGCUGUUAUAGUUAAUGCACAUUUGCAGAGGCGGACAGAGUACACAGGUUCAUUACU